AUGCUAGGAGUAUCCCGUGCCACGCAAGUAAUGGAAGGGAUCAGAAGCUCCGAUUUGCGUCAACGAUCAAAAAUCAAAGAUGCCGUUCUGUACACCAAACAGUCGAAAAUAAGGGAGACCGGACACGUAAUGCGUAUGAACGACAACCGAUGGAUAAGAGCCGUUAGUGACUGGAUUCCUCAGGAUGUCAGACGUACUGCAGGAAGAACACCAACCCGAUGGUCAGAGUUCUUCACGAAGAGCCUAGAGGAAAAAUAUGAUGCUAGACGAGUUCCUAGAGCGAGCAAAACCCGCUGGGCUACUCUUGCACGCGACAGGGAAAAAUGGACGAUUUAUUGGCGCCCGCUCGAGUCACUCGACGAUCAAUGGGACUACAGGUGA